AUGCUAUUUUUUGACGUCGAAGAGAUACAUGAUAAAAAAUCAUUGACGGAUAAAGAAUGGGAGGACAAAUGGGAUAAGUUGUCCACAGGUUUCUGUGAAAAUUUGCAUUUGAGGAUAAUGUCUUGUAUAGAACUUGCUACAAAGAUGAAUUCUAGAAAGCAUCACAUUAAACCAAAGCAUAUUCAAGCUUAUCUCCUCAAGUUUGGUUUACAUUACACGUUAGAAACCAUUGUUCGAUCCACAUAUCUUGUAUUUAAAGUUAUUCGUUUUCAGGUUCCUUUACAUCACAUGACGACAAUUGGUAAUGUAGAACUUCUAUUAGCACAAUGUACUGGCUCUUUAGAUACAGAGAUUUCACUAAGACUCACUACAAUAACUGGGAACAUCGUAAAAUUCGUGUAUUUACGCGAAGUUGACUUUUAUAAAAGAAUGUUGGACCAUAUAUCGUCUGAAACACCUUCUUCAAAGAACAAAAGUGAAAAGGAGAUUUUUGGAGACAUUAGAUUACUAUUACCCCCCGCAAUUAUAUACAGCUGUGCAAAAUUCAUGCAUAUCAAUCAAAGACUCUGUGAUGAUUUGCUAUCGAAAGAAAAUGAUACAGGAAUAGGUCCUAUAAAUUUUAUGCCUUUAUGA